CGUAAAUCGACCGCGGUGGACGUUUCUUCAGUGGAGCUGGUUGUCCGUCACGCGUUGGUAGCAGUUAGGGGAUUUGACUCGUGAUAUUUAUGAAGAUAUUUUGAUUAAGUGGGGGGAAAAACAUUACAUUACAACAUCUCUAUGUACCAGUAACUUUAAAAUCCAACAGACCGUCCUCAACGAGAGCAUACACACAACAUCUAUUAGCUAACUGUCGCUAUUGCUAGCUAUCUUUGAUCAAACUGAAUACACACGAUCAAUUUAUUACACACUUAAUUUAAUUUGACUGCGGACCUCAUCGGUGAACAUGGCGGCGCGGAUGAUCUCACAGGAAACCUUUGAUGCUGCUGUCAAAGAAAACAUGGAGGAGUUUGAGAUGGACUCCGCCGAGGCGUUGAAGGAGUCUGUGGAGCAGUUUGAGUCUCAAGGUGUGAACCUCCGUUGUAUUGUAAAAGCUGUACCAGUGGUUUCAUUUGAUGAUGAGCAAGAGGAGCCAAAACACGAGGUCUUAAAGAUGUUGGAUUCCCUCCGCACUGGGAUAGAUUCUGCCAGUUUAAAGGAAGUGACGGUAGACAUAAAACUCUUCACUGUGCAAUGCUCACUUGGAUUUGCCCAGAGGUACCUGGCUGCCCAAAAGGACGCCUACCCCGUCAUCCUCUCUUACUGCAAAAAGAGUGUGGAGGAGCAGGAAGCUGUGUUGACUGCACUGACUGCUCUGGCUGGAUUGACAGAUGGACAGCCAGACUUGAUGGAUGCAGAGGGCCAGCAGUUCCUUUUGAAUGCCCUUCAGAAAUACAAGGCCGAUUCCUCUGUUAUGCGUGCAGUCAUCUGUACUGUGCGUCACUGCUGUUUGAAACAUGAAAAGAACAGGCAGAGUUUGAUCAAAGCGGGCGUCCUGCCUCUUCUGAUCGGUGCCAUCACACAACACGGUGGAUGUGCUGAGCUCGUCAAGAUGGCCUCUUCAGCGCUGAGGGUUAUGACCUUUGACGAUGACAUCCGUGUCGCGUUUGGGAAUUCUCAUGAACACGCCAAGAUUAUUGUUCUUGAGCACAAUGGACUGAAGGUUUUAGUUGACGCUGCAAAAGCUCACGCUGCUAAUACUUCUCUUCUGAGUGAGCUGUGUGCCACUCUCGCCCGCCUGGCUGUAAGGAAUGAGUUCUGUCAAGAGAUCUGUGAUCUUGGAGGAUUGAAGCUCAUCAUGACGCUGCUGGCGGACAGCUAUGAGAAACCGGAGUUGGUUCGGCAGGUCCUUAUCGCAAUACAAGCUGUCGCAGGAAAUGACGAUGUGAAGGAUGCAGUUGUUGAUGCUGGAGGAGUCCAGCUCAUUGUCAUUGCCAUGAACAGACACAUGAACAACUCUUCUGUGUGUGAGCAAGGCUGUGCAUGCCUCUCAGUCCUUGCUUUGCGAAAACCCGACAACUGCAAAGUCAUCAUGGAAAAUGGAGGUGCCUUGGCGGCUGUGCAGGCUAUGAAGAUACACAAAGAUGCAGUAAAUGUGCAGAAACAGGCAUGUAUGGUCAUGAGAAACCUGGUCGGACGUAUGAAUGAGUUAAGCAAACCAAUCUUGGAGAUGGGAGCAGAAGCCCUGAUAGCCGAGGCACUAAAGACCCAUGAAGACUGCUGUGAUGUGGGUAAAGCAGCCCUCAGAGAUCUGGGAUGCCAGGUGGAACUCCGAGAGCUGUGGACUGGCAAACAUGGCAGCCUCACCAACUGAAAGUAGAGGACAGCAAUCACUCCUUCCCAUGAGUUGGCCUGAAAUGCAAAGCAAGAUUAAAUGCUAUGUUGGUGUACCAAACCAAUAGUUUAAGAAGAUGCAUCUACCCAGGUACACUUUUCUGCUUGGGAAAAGCUAGUCCCGCAGUGUGCUCUUUUGAGGUUGAAUAGGUUUUCCAAUCCUUUUUUUUUUUUUUAAAGUAAUAAUUGUCCUCUUAAAAAUGUUUUGUUAGCUAUUAUAAUUUUGUUUACAAAUGCCAAUUGCCCAAUUGUGUGUAUAUAUAUAUCUAUAUGUAUCACAGUUAUGUAAUUAGAAUGGUAGGAGUUGAAUUUGUAUGAUUUCUGUGUUUUUGCUUCUAUGCAUAGAAUGUUACUGCACUAUGUGGUGCAAAUUCCUUUCUGAUGUUGGCAUAGCCACAUUUUUACAUCUAUUUAAUGCCUUAUACUUUACAGAUCAAAAAUAUUUCCAUUUGUUUGUAUAUGGUUUACUUAUUAAACAACUGGAAUAUCUGAUACUUACCUACCAAAGACACCAUGACAGUGUAUAUCUGGCAUCAUUAGGAUACAACUAUGGCUCUGAUCAUCGCACGCGGUUAAACUGUCAACUUCACGGACAAUAAAUAACUUCUGAGAAAUAA